GAAUAUAUAAAUCGACAGCCGGUUACGGAUUAUUUUGUCAAUUCAUUUCUGUAAUUCGUGAGACGCCUCUAACCAUAAGCCUAAGGGCAGAUAAUUUGAUUAUUCACAAAAGGACAAAAAACACCCAAAAUUACCUGCAGAGCAAAAUAUCUACGCAAACAAGAGGUUUUGCAGUCCAAAUUGGAUUGUACUUCUAGACUAAUUUUUCUGUAAAUUAUUUCCUGCAAAGUGCUAAACACUGGCAACCUCGGUAUCAACAAUUAUUCCUCUGACCAUCCGUGCAAUGGCGCAGUCCUUGGCGUCAGUUGAAUCAGCCCUAAACUGGUGGUUAAAGCCUAAAGUAUUUGGUGAAAGCUGGGACAAUAUUGGUCUUCUAGUCGGUUCUGGAAAGUUUACCAAAGAUGAAAAAAUCAUAACAGGUAUAUUGGUAUGCAACGAUCUUAAACCCGCUGUCGUGGAAGAAGCUAUUGCCAACAAUGCCAAUUUAGUGAUAUCAUAUCAUCCUCCAAUAUUUUCUGGCAUGAAAAGUAUUGCCUACGGGUCAUGGAAGGAACAAAUAAUUGCAAAGUGCUUGGCCUACGACAUUUCUGUCUAUUCGCCUCAUACAACUUUGGACGCAGUAGGUGGAGGAAUUAACGACGCAGUUAUUCAGGCGUUAGCGGAAUUUGGGUCUUCAGACGCACCGUUAAACUCGAAAGCUAUUAUCCCUUCGCCUAUUUUGGACACACCAAAAACAGGGCUUUUAUACACCUCUACCUUUGAUAAUGUGUCAACUCUAUGCCGCCUACUAUCAGCAAAUUCGUAUCCGGAUGUUGCAAUUUCAAUUGAUACAAAUUCCAGCAAAGGAACUGCUAGCGUCAAAUUUUAUUCUAAAUUGGAAUCAUCUUUAGGAAUGUCUGAGAUUAAGAAGAUUGCUUCAGCUACAGAAAUAUCUGAUUUCAGCAACCCUAACGAAGCACCUCCUCUCGCUUUCGGUGCUGGACGAUUUGUAUCCUUUGCCAAACCGAUUGAUUUCGAUAGAGUGGUUAAAGCCAUUAAACUUGGAUUGCAAUUGGACUAUGUGCAAGUAGCUUUUGCCGGAAAGUCUGAGGUCAACACAGUUGCAGUGUGUGUUGGAUCGGGAGGUUCAUUGUUAAAAGAUGUUGCUGCCGAUAUGUUUAUCACUGGAGAAAUGAGCCAUCAUGCCAUACUGGAUUCUACCUUCGGAGGAACAUCUGUAAUUUUGUGUAAUCAUUGCACUUCUGAAAGGCAUUAUUUACCACAGUUGGCAUCCAUUGUUAAACUGUUGACGAACAUCGACCACGUUAUCGUUUCACGACAAGACAGCAGCCCUCUUUCACUUUCCAACUAAAUUAUGUAUUCCACAGGCUGACAUCAGUAAUAAGUUUUAACUUUGCAUUAAUUUAUCUUGAAGUUUCUCAAUUUUCAUUUGAAUUAUAAUGUUGAAUUAUAUACCUAUUGUACCCUGUGGUUAUCUGCCUUGUGUGUGCAGUUGUGAUAAUUUUUUUUCGUAUAUCGACAUGUAUAAUUUUUUUGAAUGUCAAAUCAGAAUAUUUUAAUCGAAUCAACUUAAUUUCUGUUUUGCCUUGAUUUUGAUCUUCAUGCUAAUUGGUGCAAGAUGGUGCAACGAUAUAAUUAUUCGAUUAACAAUAUGAAUUCAAAUCACGGUCUGCCAUCUGUAUCGCAUUUCAUACGAAAAGAAUAAAUUUUCCAUGAUGCAAA